AAAAAAAAACUUUUCCAUCAGAGAAAGAGGGAGAUCUCUUUGGAAACAUGGAGCUGCUGUGCUGCGAGGUGGAUCCCAUGAGGAGAGCUCUGCCUGACCCAAACUUGCUCUACGAUGACCGCGUUUUGCACAACUUACUAACCAUAGAGGAGAGGUAUCUGCCCCAAUGCUCCUACUUCAAGUGCGUCCAGAAGGACAUCCAGCCCUUCAUGAGGAGGAUGGUGGCCACUUGGAUGCUGGAGGUCUGUGAAGAGCAGAAGUGCGAAGAAGAAGUUUUCCCUCUGGCCAUGAAUUACUUGGACAGAUUCUUAGCUGUGGUGCCCACUCGAAAGUGCCAUCUGCAACUGCUGGGGGCAGUCUGCAUGUUCCUGGCCUCCAAGCUGAAAGAGACAAUCCCCCUCACAGCCGAGAAGCUGUGCAUAUAUACGGACAAUUCCAUCAAACCCCAAGAGCUGCUGGAAUGGGAGCUGGUGGUGCUGGGGAAGUUGAAGUGGAACCUCGCAGCUGUCACCCCGCACGAUUUCAUUGAACACAUCCUAAGGAAGCUGCCUCUACCGAAAGACAAGUUGCUUUUGAUCCGGAAGCAUGCACAAACAUUCAUUGCCCUUUGUGCCACAGAUUUUAACUUUGCCAUGUACCCACCGUCAAUGAUAGCAACUGGAAGUGUGGGAGCAGCCAUCUGUGGCCUUCAGCUUGAUGACGGGGACAGCCUCACGGACCUCCUGGCCAAGAUCACAAACACAGAUGUGGACUGCCUUAAAGCUUGUCAAGAACAGAUCGAGGCGGUGCUAGUAAACAGCCUUAGGCAAGUCCGGCAGCAGCAACAGCAAAGCAAUCCUUCUAAGACGGUGGACGAACUGGACCAGGCCAGCACUCCCACAGAUGUGAGAGAUAUCAACCUGUGAGGACAUCGGCACAGAAAGUCACGCUUGCUCCCCCAGCCCUUUUAUUUUUGUUAUUAUUUUUAGAGUGAUUUUUUUUAAUCUGCUCCCACAUAGAACGUAUUUAAAGCUCUUUUAGGUAAAAAAAAAAAAAAUACAAAAACUGAAUAAUGAAAAAAAAAAGCAUUUGGUGCCUGUGAUGUUCUACAGAAGGGAAUCCCACAAUAUAUUUGGUAAUUGCUAUUUGAUUAUGUAUCAGUGAUAUUAAAUGCUUAUAAAAGCAUACAAAGUAGCUAGAUAAAUGUAAGCCUGCAUUUGUGGGAACAAAGUAGAGUAUACUUGUCUGUGUAUUAUGACCUAGUGCAUACACCCCUUUUUUAGAUUUAAGAAAGGAAUCGUGUGUGCGAUUUUGUGGCUUGACUAGAUUGCAAAGCAAUAGAAUAAGGGGUUUAGGGCAAAGUGGGAAAAGAUCCCUGAAGCAAUUGAACCAUUUUGAAUGCAGAAGAGAUUUGCUGAUCUGUCACCUCUGUUAUUAGUCAGAAGUGUUUGUUGGAUCUCUGUAUGUUAGUUUUGUUUACUCUUGCUGUCUGUGGUAGCUGCUACCUAAGAAAGAAGAUGCUUUAUUUUGCCAGCCAGAAGAGCAGGUGGUUUUUUCGUUUGGUUUUUUUUUGGUUUAUUUUUCUUUUUUUUUUUUUUUCAAAUUUCCCUUUCCCCUCUUGACUUUUUCUACUUUUCCUUCAGAAAUGGUUCAUUCUAAACACAGCAGCAUCUUUGGCAUAAGGGCAAUUCCGUUUACCUAACUGGGCCAAGCCAAAGUUAUCAAGUGUUCACAUUAGAUGGGGGAAAUGCAACAAUUAAUUCCGACCAGUCGGCUAAUCAGACCGCCUCCGACCUUUGGAUUGCAAGAUGCGGUGGAUCAUCUGUGAAAAGCAUUAUAUUCCUUUACAGCGCUAAUGCUUCACGUCAAUGUUAACUUUUGGCAGCUCCUUAGCUUGGCCGUAAAGACAUUUAAACGAUGCUCUCUCCAUCUUCCUUUUUAACAUAUCCUCACUGUGUUAAAGAAGAUGAGAUUUGGUUUGAUCCCUCUUCUACCUACCCCUCUUCCCCCACUGCCCCCGCACACUUUUUCAGCAUUUCAUUAACUUUCUUGAUCCACAGUGAGUGUUUUUGUAAACCAUUUCAUUCGAAAAGCACUUUGAAAAUUGUUCCUAAGGGAUUAAAUGAGAUGGUUUAUGACAAUUUUGCCGAGCAAAAAAAAA